AUGUCAAGCCGGCAGCCUAACCAGGCGUCGCUGGCUGCCGCUUCGGAAGAAGAUGCAGCCAAGAAAGUCGAUCGCCCGGCCGCUCACGCUUUGAAGAAGAGCGCCUCUGCACCCGCACCGACUGCGCCUGCGCCGGUGAAACGAAGCAGCCGCAAUCGAUGGGUGCCACUGUUUCGAGAUCCAACUUUCGGUGGAAGCAUUGGCAGCCACAGCGGAUAUCACAGAAAGGCGAAGCCCACCCUGAAGCAGUCACGAAGCUUUGUCUUCGAGGAUGAGGCCGAGGUACUGUUGACCAACGACGGUCGGCAAAGGACUGGUGAGGCCAUGCCCGACCGCCUACAGAAGGCAGUUUGGAAAAUUGUGGUGCAGGACGAAGAGGCACCUCGGUGA